AUGGCCCUCACCUUCCACAAGAUGGCCGUCGCGCCAGCCAUCUCCGCCCUCAAAAACGCCCACUUCGUCGUCUCCAAAGGCUACGAACAUGCUAAAGCGUCCGACCCAAACACCUUCCUAACCGCCUCUCUCCACCCCGACAUGAAGGACUUCCGCUACCAAAUCUACCGUCUCACCGACGCUGCCAAGUUCAUUCCCAGCCGAGUGAACCCCAGCCUCGAAGGCAUAACGCUCCCCGACGAAGAGCAGACCUUCCCCGAGCUACUUGAGCGCAUCGAGAAGUGCACCAAGUACCUCGAGAGCUUUUCCGAGAAAGACUUCGAGGGCAAGCAGGAUGACGAGGUGAUUAUCAAGUUCCCCGGUGGCCAGAAGCAGGUCAGGAUGCCGGCGGCAGAGUACAUUAGCAGGUUUGCGCAUCCGAACAUGUGGUUCCACAUUGUGACUGCGUACGACAUAUUGAGGAUGAAGGGCGUUGAUGUGGGAAAGAUGGACUUCUUGAACGGUGCGGGCGGGAUCACCAUUGAGGAUGUUCCCCAGCAGUAG